AGUCCUGAUCGAUUUCAUGCACAAAAUGUAGCAAUUAGUGAGUUUCGAAAGUUUGCAACAUCCAAGAAUGUUCAUGUGACUAUCGUUAUUCAUCCACGAAAGGUAAGAUGAUUUAUCUUAAAGUAUGACCUAUGUGAAAUUGCAUUCAAUUGUGCCCUGUUCGCCUAUCCAUGGAAUUCUACGCACAGAGGCGUACAUGCAGAAGAGAUAUUCAAAUAAAAAAAAUAAACGUCAUUAUGAUCAUCCUCUUCAUCAUCAUUGUCAUCAUUAUCAUCAUCAAUUUUCUGAUACAUCUUCAAUGGAGUUUAGGCCUCAUUUUUGUAAAGUUUCAUUGCCAUGACUAUAAAGCAAUUUCUCAGUGAUGUUAUGCUAUAUUUAAUAUAAUAAUAUACAUAAAAAUAUUACUCGAUUGUGAUUGGUUGAUUUCGGUGCAGUUAAUCCCAAACAGCAGUGCAAUUUUCUGUAAUCACAAUCCAAUUUUCUGUAAUCACAGUGCAUUUUUUUGUAAUCACAGUACAAUUUUCUGUAAUCACAAAGCCUGGAAAAUAUGGCUUUUAUCUUUUUUUAAAUGGAAAAGCCUUUACCUAAAACAAGACUAACAAAACUUACAUAGUUGAGUGGAAUUUUCAAGUUGUCAGUGUUGUAUAAUGUGAUAUAACAAAUUCAGGAAAACUUUGCCAGUGGACGGUUCGCUAUAAACGUACAAUUGUCUCGAACAUUUUGAUAUUUAACAAUUAUUCGCCGAAGGCGAGGUGAUUAUCGGUGAAUAAAAACCGAGACGAAGUCGAGGUUUUUAUUCACGAUAAUCACCGAGCCUGAGGUGAAUAAUUGUUUUAGUAUAAUUUCAUAGGUGAUCAUUUGGAAAAAAAUUAAAAAAUGCGCAUUUCUUCGUCUUCUAAUUGACAAAACGGCUUCGGCCGCCAUUUUGAAGAUCGCUUAGGUGAUUAUUGCGUAAUAAUCACCUCAACGGUAACCAAUCAGCGUGGAGAAUUUUCAAUAAUCACCUAUGUAAUUAUACUAAAUAUUAUUAAUACGUAAUAGCAUGGUUUCUCGACGUGUAAUUUGAAUAAAACAAGCACUCGUGAGUUUUAAAAACCUCAAAUAGCUUGUUGCUCUUUGAAAAACUCACUCGUGCAUGUUUUAUCCAAAUUUCACUCGAAACCAUCCUAUUACCUAUACUAAUCUUCUUUAACAGAAUCCACCCGUCGUUGUCACGGUCUACCGUGCUAUCGUUUUCUGUCUUCCAUUCUGAUUAAGCUGUGCCUCUAGUCUUCUAAAUUACCAAAUCAUCUUAGUCUUGCUUCCUCGAUAUUCUAACCCAGUCGACACACUUUCAAUUUUUGUUUUGCCAUAGAAUUUUCACGGACUGCCUAGUAACUACUAUAUAAAUAUGCUUUAUAUGACAGGAGGGUGACGAUGCCGAGCUACAAACAGCGUCUAUCUUUGGUUCAGCAAAAGCAAGUCAAGAAGCAGAUAAUGUUAUAAUUUUGCAAGAUAAGAAAGGAAAAAACGCAGGAAAAUAUCUGCAGGUAUGGGAAGAACGGGGACCAAUGUGAAAAUGCUAUCAAUGCAAAAUUUACCAAAUCAGUUUUAUAAUAUUUACUAUAAUGGUGUUAAAAUCCUAAAAUUAUAUAGUGCUUAGUUACCUGCUUUAGUAACUUUUCAUGAGCGCUUGUACCGGUUAAAUUACUGAACCUCAUAUUUCUAUUUGUCUGUUAGGUUACUAAAAACCGCUUUGAUGGCACACUGGGGAAAGUCUACUUAGGUUUCAACCGAGAUUCACUGACCAUGUCAUCCUACCAAGGAACCACCACGACCACUGUGUCAUCUAAGAAAGACAACAAGUUUAUACGAAGUGUCAAGCCUCCUAAAACAGGCCUGAGCUCUAGAAAAACUAAGACUGAGGGUGAGAAUGAAGAAAGGAAAACAGGUGGUGAACGCGAGGCAAAAUCCGGAAAUCGAGAAAAGGGGAACUACAAAGAGAAAAACGUAAGUUCUAAAUCAUCUGUUACAUCAAGCACUAGUGUGGUGUCAAACAAGAAUAUAAAGGAGUCAAAUUCGAUCAAAAUGCCUAUUCAAGCAGCGAAAUUGAAGAUUAAUAGUGAAAGUGGGUCAAAAGAUGUAAAUCAGAAAGAUAAACACAAUACUGAAUCUUCAGCGAAAUCAAAUACUCCUGUGGUGGCAGGCAGUCAUAUAAAACACGCGAAUUUAAGCACAAAUUCUGUUGAACCAUCUAGUCAAGCAGCGAGGCUGAAAAAAAACGAGAAUUCAAAAGGAACUGCCUUAAGUACGAAAGCGAUGCGUUUUAAUGGACACUCUAGUAAAAUAUAAUUUUGUUUUAAUUUACGUUAAACAGUUGGAGUUAAAUUAAACAGUUCGAUGUUGAUGAAGAAGAUUUCGGUUAAACAGUUGGAUGUCAAUAAAGUAUACUGUAC